CCUAAGUCAUUUAAGCUUAAUCAGCGCAAAUUAAAUUGCUGUAAAUUAAAUCUAAGUAGGUACUUAUAAGGAUUAAUAUCAAAUUAAAUGUGUGUACUUAAAAGUUUAAACUUAUUCAGGUGGAGAUAGUUCUAUUGAAAAACAUAAAUAUAUGCAGGCCAGGGUGUGAGAGUGUUCUAUAGUGUGCUUUAGUUUUUUCUGGUUUUUAAAAGAUAAACAAAUUGCAGAAAUCUUCCCAAAGAAACCCCGGCGCUUUAGACUGGAGUUAGGUUUUCUCUGUUAUUGUCAGUUAGCGGUAACAAGGUCGUACGGGCCGAGUGUAGUGCGCGUGUUACGCAUUUCAGCGAGAAGCUAGUUUGUUUAUCUUUAAAGUAAACUGAGGAAAACUAAAGUGUAGUGAGCCGCAGUCACGAAUAGUGUCGGCUGCACGCGUGGUAGGCGAUGGAGAGCCGCGCGGGCAGCGAGGAGGCCCUGCUGGCGGCCCUGCGGCGCACCCUCACGCUCGCGGCUGACAGGUUGAACGAGGCGCGGGAGAGGUCGCCGUGCCUGGGGGAGGAGGAAGCCGAGAUGCGGGCGAUGGGCAAGCAGCGGCGCGUGCUGCUGGACGUGCUGAUGGCGUGCUGGGGGCUGGGCUCGUGGCUCGGCGUCAACGGCGUGUUCAUGCAGCUGCCGCUGCUGGUGCAGCGCCUGCCGGAGGGCUGGGCGCUGCCGUCCUACAUCUCCGUCGUCAUCCAGCUCGCGAACGUCGGAGUGGUGCUGUACGUGGUGCUGCGGAGACUGUUCCCGCGCGCGCCCGACGCGCCCUACAUCUACGCGCUGCUCGUGAUCGGCACGCUGGCGCUGUUCCUCAACGGCUUCCUGUACGCGGAGACCGCGCUCGUCGCCGGCACCGAGCGCUCCGUGUCGUUCCUGUCGAUAACGUUCUUCACGGGCUUCGUCGGCUGCACCAGCUCGGUGCUGUUCUACCCCUACCUGCGGCACUUCCGGGACGUGUACCUCGCGACGUACCUGGUGGGUGAGGGCCUGGGCGGGCUGCUGCCGAGCGUGCUGUCGCUGCUGCAGGGCACGGGCGGCGAGCCGCGCUGCGACUACGGGCCGGACAACGCCACCGUGGAGACGGUGUACCCGGAGGCGCGCUUCGACACCACGGUGUUCAUGGCCGUGCUCGGCGUCCUGUCGGCGCUGAGCCUCGGCAGCUUCGCGCUGCUGCACAACCUGGCCACGCUGCUGCCGGAGCGCGUGAAGCCGGCCGAGGCGGACAAGGAGGACGAGGCGGCGGCGGAGGGCGCGGUGCUGCUGGCGCCGCGCUGGCUGACGGUGAUGGCGCUGAUGACGGUGCUCAACGCGCUCAUGAAUGGCGUGCUGCCAUCCGUGCAGUCGUACUCGUGCAUGCCGUACGGCGCCGAAGCCUACCACCUGGCGGUGACGCUGUGCGCGAUGGCCAACCCCGCGGCGUGCCUGGCGGGCGUGUGGCUGCGGCCGGUGCGCGGCCGCGUGCUGGCCGCCAUGCUGGGCGCCGGCCUGCUGCCGCUGGCCUACCUGCUGGCCACAGCCCUGCUCAGCCCCGCGCCGCCGCUGCACAAGGAGACCAGCGGGAGAGCGUUGAUCGUGGUGGCGUGGGUGGUGGUGUACGCGGUGAUCUCGUACGCGCGCAUGUGGGUGUACGAGUGGGCGCGCGGCGGCGGCGCGGCCGGCAUGCGCGCGUGCGGCGUCGUGACGCAGGUGGGCUCGGCGGCCGGCUCGCUCUCCAUCUACUUCCUCGUCAACUACACGCGCAUGUUCGUGCAGGCGCCGCCGUGUCCGCUGCCUCGGCUCUAGCCGCUCGCAGACGGAUAAGGAGCUAGCUGCAUGCGGGCCGGCGACACGAGCGCGGCGAGUGACGGCGAGUCGAAUAGACACGCGGCUAAAGGUAGAGAAUAGAGUAGAGUCGCAGCCCGGCGAGUGGCGAGUGGCGACCGAUGCCUGGUUAUAAUAGCUGGCUCCUGGGCUGCUUCGGCGUGCUUACUUUUAUUAUAACAAGAUGAACCAGUAUAUCAAAGUGAAUAAACUGAGUUUAAAUUAAUUAAAAAAAAAUAGAAGCCGUGUGACACCACGCCGCAUGUGUUCGCUAAGACUACGGUUGGUGCAUCACGCAAAUAGGGUGGCAUAUCUCGCUAAUGUUAACAAGUGAGCUGCGAAGCUUGCUGUGCCUAGCAAGACAAGUGUUGAUAGUAAAUACACAGAAUCGUUCCGUUCCCGGGCCACGAGUCAACGGUACAUUCCCGCAGUGCCCGUCAAUGACGACUACCCGUUUUAGGGUUUCAAACGAUAAUUAAUAGUGAAAAAUAACGGUGAAGGAUUUUUCAAAAUGAACCAUUGUAAAAAUGAGUAAACUGUCGUAUUUUACAGUAGUCCAGUUUAAAAUUGCAGUGGCCUUAUCGGUAUCAAGUAUGCGCCGAACGCUUUAAAACACUGCACUGCACGAGCGGCUCUUGUAUAAACCGAAGAAUAUUUUGUUUAGGCAAUCUCAGUAAAAUAGAUAAAAACUAAAGCUCAAUAAAACAGCAAUAUCCUCAGAAUACCGUUUAAUUCCACUGCAAUAAAUAUUUUUAUUAUCAUUGUAAAUUCGGCGGUACUUAAUAUGCGCGUGCAAGUUUAUCUUAUGAUUAAAGUUUGAAGUUACCAUUUCAAGGUUACGUAUAGGACGUUUGAGCAUGCACUUAAAGAAUCGCUCAGUAUGGAUUUUAACAAUGAUUUUAGAAGCGUUUUAAACGUGAUCGACUAGGUAGUACGCGCAUCUAAUAUAGGCCGACUUGUUUGGUGUGGUAAGUAGGUAAAAAUGAUGAUUAUCACUAGAAUUAUAUUUCACGACUCCGCUGUAUUUGAUCAGGUGGCAGCAGCAGUGGCAGUGUGCUAUAACUCAGUGAUUACUAGACUUAGUUCUAGAUUUAUUUUCGGGGUAGGUACUAAUUCUGAUGCACUCAAAACUAAAAAACAAAAUUCACAAAAUUAAAAAAUACACCUCCAAAGAUUAAAGAAAGGUUAAAAAAGUAUGACACUGCUUUAUUUCUGUUUUUUGAUGGACUAGACUGUGUUAUCACAUUAUCAUACUUGUUGUUGCUACCCAGUCUAACGUCAGUUAGUUUUGUGUGCAAUGGAAUUAGUAGGUAGGUACCUAGCACUUGUCUCAUUUUAUAUUUAUUAAUUAAAGUUAAGCUUACUAGAUGUUAAUUCAACCCGAAUAAAACUACGUGAUAUCUUGUUGUUAGUGUUAGAAACAAAUUCCCCUUUUAUUUGAGCUGAUAAAAGUUAUAUUAGUAUGUUUCGUCAGGGAGAUAAACACAGAUAGUAAACUGAUAUACAUACAUACCUAUAUUUAAAUAGAAAUAAGACACUAGACUGUUGCGAAACAACUAAAUUACCUUUAAGAUAAGAUCAGGAUGGAAUUAUUUCGUAUGUUUACAAAUAUGCAUACUUGGGUAUUUGUAUAACUCACUUUUUUCAUGUUACAGUUGUAUGUAAUAAGUGUUUCAGGAUUUAUUUUUGAAAUAUGUGAAUACAGUCUGUUGUCUGUAGUGUCGGUACACCCGCAGGCGCACUUAUCGUUUAACUUUUAUUUUAUUAUUUUUUACAAUACAACAUUUUUAACAAACAUGUUACAUAAAUGAUUCAAAUUCUUAGAAUAAAAUAUAAUAUUUUAGUAUUUUAUUCGACGGGCGAUGCGCGAUCAUGUUUACUUUGUAAUGAAUUUGACCAAAGUGUAUUGCUUACGUAAUUUUAUUUUGACGUAAUAGUUAGGUACUGUACCUAUAUAUGUACUUUAGAUAAUUUUAUUGGAAAUGAAUUUAUGAUAGGUAGAACAUUGUUAAAUAUAAGCACUGAAAUAAUUAUAAUUACGUCGCGCUCUAAGCAUGUCCGGAUCUUGGUAGACAAGUGCUCGUCCCGAAAAUUGACUCUGCAGCAGACGGUAUUCCUAUGCUGACGUCGGUCGCGUACGUCAGCCACACAGAGACGCGCGCGAGCGACGUUCUUUCGUGACGCGUGCUUUAGUACAUAGUACUUACCUAGCUAAUGUACAAGAUAUCGCAGCCAUCGGCUUGGUGCCUGUUUCUGUAUGAUGUUAGCAAAUUAUUUUAAUUUAUAGCGCUCUAAAGAAUUUAUAGUUGUUGAUGUGUGAGGUGAAGAGUACUUGCCUAAAGACAAUAAACGAUGUUAUUCAAUA